AUGGGUUGCUCCACCUUCAGCCAAUACACGGUCUUGCCAGAAAUAUCAGCUGCCAAGAUCAAUCCAGCUGCGCCAUUGGAUAAGGUUUGCUUACUUGGAUGUGGUAUCACUACCGGCUACGGUGCGGUCACGAAGACAGCCGAUGUUCAACCUGGUUCGUCUGUCGCGGUAUUCGGAUGUGGUGGAGUAGGAUUAUCGGUUAUCCAGGGUGCGAAGGCUCGUAAUGCCAGUCGAAUCAUUGCUAUUGACGUAAACCCUGGGAAAUUCGAAUAUGCAAGGAAAUUAGGUGCCACCGAUGUCAUUAAUCCCAAGGAUUACGACAAACCCAUUCAACAAGUAUUGGUUGAGAUGACCGAUGGAGGUUUGGAUUAUACUUUUGAUGCCACGGGAAAUAUCGAUAUCAUGCGUGCCGCACUCGAGUCCUGUCACAAAGGGUGGGGGCAGUCGAUUAUCAUUGGAGUUGCGGCCGCCGGCGAAGAAAUUUCGACACGUCCAUUUCAACUUGUGACCGGUCGUAUUUGGAAAGGUUCCGCGUUCGGUGGUGUUAAAGGAAGAUCCGAGUUACCUGGAAUUGUGGAAGAUUAUCUGAACAAGAAAUUGGAAGUUGACUUGUUUAUCACGCAUAAAUUCAAAAUGGAAGAGAUUAACAAGGCUUUCGACGCCAUGCACUCUGGGAACUGGUGCGUCAAUAAAAACCCAUUCAUCGGCUGUUUUGUGACUUACUGCAUUCUGUUUAAUGUUGAUGAAACCUUCUAUGAUUGA